UGGAAAGCAGCUGCAGGACAAUAAGAGAGUUCAUAACCAGCAACUUUGUGUGACUUUUGUUUUAUGCAAAAGCUAAACAUUGUGAAGAUUUGUAUUUAUUAUAGGAGAAUAAUGUUUCUCUGAACUGUUUAUAAAACAAUUCAAACAGCAGCAGCAGCAGCAGCAGCAGGCUUCUCCCCCCUUCUUCCCUGAUGUUGUUCCCCGCUGUUCCCUCCCCCUUUCCCGGCUCCUCCUCUGCCUGGCUUCUCGCUCCACAGAGUCGAGCUUCCCAAAAAAAAAAAAAAAAAAAAAGAAAAGAAACUUCCUGAAGCUUCUGUGUUGAAUGCAGACCCGGUGGAGGGGAGACCUUUAUGGAUAUGAAAUAGAAUAAAGCAACAUGGUGCUGAUGACCGAGCAGGCCGACGCACCUUUGACCCCGCAGUGCGCACCGGAGCAACUUUCCCACCGGGACUCCCGAGGGAACCGAGGGAAUGGUUUCCUGUGGGUUGUGUUCAGGUCUGAGGUGGAUCAUGGAGGGGAGAGGAGAUCCAGGAGGUUUGGAGGGUCACCUGCAGACCUCCAGCCGGGUCUGGACUUAGAGGCGGACCUCUCGGAGAGCAAGAGGAAACCAGCCGGCAUGAGACUGAAACCUGCGGAGCAGCUCUCUCCACUGCUGAGUCCGAGUGACUUUGAAACAAAGUUUGAGAGGAAGAAAUCCCAGCACAGUCACUUAUCCAAGACAAACACCCAUUAUCAUAAGUUAUUCAAGGAGGUCAGCAAAGAUGAGCUCCUCAAACAAAGCUACACUUGUGCCCUGCAGAGAGACAUCUUAUAUCAGGGCAAAAUGUUCGUCUCCGAUAACUGGAUCUGUUUCCACUCCAAGGUCUUUGGCAGAGAUACCAAGAUUUCAAUCCCAGUGGUUUCCGUGACGUUCAUCAAAAAAACUAAAACUGCAUUAUUGGUGCCAAACGCCCUCGUGAUUGAAACAAUAAGUGAUCAGCAUGUGUUUGUGUCGUUCCUCUCUCGAAACACCACAUACAAAAUCUUGGAUUCCGUCUGCGUUCAUUUGGAGUUGGAUAAGACAUGUAGCAGCCCGGUUAUUUCCUCCUGUGAAAACAGCUUCAGAGUGAAAUGCCCGGCGUCGCUUCCUUUGGACUUCUCUGCAGACUUCUCCGACCUCGACGGAGUUGUGCAACAAAGACGUCAGGAGAUGAUGGAGAGCAGCAGCUCCGGCUCUCAAACUCCAGAUUAUGACAAAAUAACAGACUUCCCCGGCCUCCCGGACACGUUUCUAAGUGCCGUGAAGAGCGCCGAGGUUUCGGUCCACGCAGACAUUCAUCUUCAGACUCAGAGCCAAAAACACGGAGCUGCCCUGAAGAACGGGUCUACAAAGCUCAAAGACAAAUCCUCACAGCCGAUGUCCUUACAAGCCAUCCUCCUCAUCUAUUUGUUUUUAGUUAGUGUUCUCGUCUUGUCCUCCUGUUACAUGGCUUUCAAGAUCGUGGCUCUUGAGCAUCGUCUGAACUCCUUGGUGUCCGUGGGGCAACACAUUCGUAACGAAAACGCGGUGAGCCACAAGCCUCAGGAAGAAGUGAACGCUGAGAUUUAUGGAGAACUGUCUUCCAACUUGUUCAAGCUUGAAAAGAUUCAAAGGAGCCUUCGGAAGCUACUUGAAGAGACUUAAAAGAAGACUUUUGUCCGUCUGAACAGAAGCGUUUCUUUUUUUUAUCAGAGAUGUUGGUUUAUCACUGAAGAUCAGCAGAGAUCACGUUUGUUGAUGGACAGCUCAUACAGAAAGCUUUCUUAAAACUGUUUGAACUUUAACUUAAAUUGUGCAAUAAUAGCUUCUUUCCCUCGUUCCACUCAGGACUUUUUGUAACUUUUUUCCAAACGAAAUGUUGUGCAGAAGGGUAAACUGAGAACGUAAAGGCAUGUAUGCAGUAUUUAUCUGGGAGCUUUUAUUUUGUAUUUCACAAUAGUGGGAUUUUUUUUAAAGGUCCAAAGGUCAUAUUUCAAUGUUUUCCAAACAUUUCUUAAAAGGUCAAUUAAAUUAUAUUUAUGUCAUGUGUAAAAAAAAAUCACUCUUUUAAUGACAUUUAAAAACAACUUCCUGUUACAGUGUGUGGUAUCAGAAAAUAGAAGACGAGCUGUAUAGUAGUAGUUUUUUUUUUACUGUAAAUGACAGGUUUAUACACUAACUUCUUUUAAGAGCUUCUCAGCUAAUUAUAUUUUUUUAAAAGUUGUCCUGUACAUUUCCACAGACACUUAGAUUUUAGCUGCUGUCGGGUGUUUUUGUAUCUAAAGACCUGCCAGUCAUUUCAGAAACAAUAGAAGAGAAAGCUUGAGCUUUAAGCUGUGCUGGUUUGUUUACAUUUAAAUCACAGACUGUGCCUUUAACAAUUUGUUUGUAUCGCAGUCUUGAAAUAAAUGUCUCUGAUAAAGUC